AUGAUGCCCAUGUCUUUGACUCAAGUCUGCUCGCGCGGGGCAAUUGCUGUUCCUGAGCUGCAGGGGGCGGAGAUCCUGGGAAUGACUGUAGCGCAAGUCCGCAGUUAUUCAACCUCGACUGGGGAACUUUGGGAUACAGAUCCUCUGGAUAUCGCAGGCCUCGACGUCUGUAACUUGACCGUUACCUAUACCCAUCCCAAAUGGAAUGAUACGAUCCACAUCGAGACCUGGCUCCCGCUAUCUGGUUGGAAUGGGAGAUUUCAAGCAUCCGGUGGCGGAGGAUGGGUGACUGGCUCUACUCAGGGACUUGCCAUUCGAGCCUCCCAGGGGUACGCUGUCAGUACAACCGACGGUGGCCAUGCUGCCGAUAGUCGUCCUGAUGAGUGGGCGUUGAAUCUAGAUGGCUCGGUGAACCUCCAUCUGCUGGAAGACUUCGCAUCCCUCGCCCUACACGAACUAGCCGUAAUUGGCAAAUCCAUCACGACCUCGUUCUACGGUAAACCACCUACGUACUCAUACUGGAACGGCUGCUCAACCGGUGGCAGACAGGGCCUCAUGGUCGCGCAACGAUUUCCAGAUGACUUCGAUGGAAUCGUGGCGGCAGCUCCGGCCAUUAACUGGGCAUCCUUUAUCCCCGCCGGAUUUUGGCCACAGCUCUUGAUGAAUCAGAUGAACGUCUACCCGGAACUCUGCGAGUUUAAUGCCCUCCGAGAUGCAGCUAUCCAAGCCUGCGAUGGCCUUGACGGUGUCAAGGAUCGGGUUCUCUCAGCCCCAGCUGCAUGCGAGUUCGAUCCACUCUCGGUAGUUGGACAGCCAUAUGACUGUAAUGGUGUUCUGCGCACGAUCACAAAGGAGGCUGCUAUUCUAGCGUACCAGAUUUGGAAGGGGCCUGUUGGGCUUGAUCAAUUCCAGAGAUGGUACGGGUUGAAUUAUGACGCGAGCUUCUCGCUUCUCCCACGGGUGGAAUGUAAUACUCACAAGGGUGUGAAGCGCUGCAGUGGCCUCCCCUCUAAUAUAUCUGAGGAAUGGCUGCGCCUUUUUGUACUCAACGAUCGCGACUUCGAUCUUACCACACUCUCCUUUGAACAGUACGACGCCCUCUUUGACGAGUCCAAAGCCAAAUAUGACCACAUUAUCGGGACCGCGGACUCAGACCUGUCUGGAUUCCGCGCUGCCGGUGGUAAAAUGAUCACAUGGCAUGGACUGGCUGAUGAAGCUAUCUUCGCCAACGGAACAUCGGACUAUUACCAAAAGGUACUGGAACGGGAUCCCUCAGCUGCAGAGUUUUAUCGCUAUUUCGAGGCUCCUGGAGUGGCGCACUGCCAGGCGUCGAGUUCCAGUGCCCCAUAUCCACAAGACGUCCUGGAGAGCUUGAUUGCGUGGGUGGAAGAGGGAAAGGCGCCAGAAACGCUGAGGGCGGAGUGGAAGGAUCCGGUUACCCAGUCUACGUUGAUGAGGAGAGAGCUUUGUCAGUGGCCGCUGGUAGCUCGAUAUGUUGGUGGUGAUAUCACGCAGGCAACAUCGUUUACGUGUGAUACCCAUUUUUGA